AUGACAAUAACGCACGUCGUCCUUUUCAAACUCAAGUCCUCUCUGUCGCCGGAAGAGGUCAAAGAAUUCUGCGAUGACAUGCUCGGCCUCCGCCACACAUGCAUGCACCCCACCAACAACACACCCUACAUCGUCUCCUCAUCUGGUGGAAAGGACAACAGUCCCGAGGGCGCUCAGGGAGGCCUUACACAUGGCUUCGUGGUCAUCUUCGAGAACGCUGAAGAUAGGGAUUACUAUGUGAAUGAUGACCCGGCGCACAAGGCUUUCGUGAAGAAGAAUGGGCCGAGAUUUGAGGACGUGCGGGUAGUGGACUACGAAGGCGGCGUAUACUAG